AUGGUUGAACUCUUUCCCAUACUAAACUUGGGUGUAUACUAUGUCAUCAUUUGUCUAUUCGUAGGUCACACUAUCUAUUACCCACUGCACGGGCCGCACGGGGGUCCUGAUAGUCUUAUGGAUUCCUUCGCCACCCCUCAGAGAGUGUUGUCGCACUUUCUGCGUGCCUUCUGGAUACCACCCCACUACCAUUAUGUAGUCUACUCUGUGCUUAACUUUGGCCUUCUGAUGGCGAUACAUAAGUAUACAGUUGGUCUGACCACAGCCAAGAGGAACAUUUUUUUAUUAACUUUGAUAGCCAAUCCAUUCAACGUGAUUGCUAGUACAGACACGGACCUAUCUGCCAUAAGUGCCAAUCUUUUGGUUCUUAGUAUUCUCCAAGUGGUGGGGCCCUUUGUCGUUUACAACCAGGAGAGUCUUCCGUCUCAUGAAGUUGCAGUACUCCAGCGGGUGACUGGCUAUCAAGUUUAUCUCCUUGCAGCGAUUUUACAACCGGGGCUACUCUAUCUCGCUCCUUUCUAUUUGCUUGUCUCUAGGACUCAGCAACUGCGCUAUCGAUCAUUGUCUACAGACGAAAACACCGAUGCCAAACCAAAAGCUUCUCAGCGUCCUUUCGGAUAUCUUGCAGCGCUGGGCACUGUGCUGUCCUUCUUAGUGUAUGGCUUUGCGUACUAUCGCAAGAAAACAGGCCAACUCAGACCGCUAUGCAAUUCCUUAUGGGAAAGCAACGCUAUCAAGGCGGAAUACUCCACUUGGUACAGCUACUUCAGCAAGCUACGGGAUCUGGUCUUGACAUACACUAAUGGCAGCCUGAAUUUGGACUGGCUUCUUAUUGCACUUGUUGCAUCCCUGGCUUGCUAUUACUCUUCCAUUCGACUCUACACAAAAUCAGUUGGCAUGACUGGGAAGCCGUCGGCUCAGAACACUUAUUAUCUCAGCGUGGCUCUGCAGACGCUGCUUCUCGCCCAUGCUCUUUCUAAUCUGAAGGUAUCUGUAGCUGCUGUCUACUCUGUGCUAGCAUUAUUCUGUGUGUCUAUUAACGACUUUUUCCUCCUAAUCAUGUCUACCUUGGGGUUUCUCGGGGACGCCUUCUUCUUUUCUUCGACGCGAUUGCUUAAGCAGUAUGCACAUGUCACACACUUCGACUCUCUGUUGCAGGAAUACUCUACUAUAAGUCGGGCUCUGUCAAAUAGUGCUAGGACCGAUAUCACUGAUAUGUCGUCCAGUGUUCCGCAGAAUAUUUCUGAUCAGUGGGCAUAUGACGGCCAAACUUCUGCAGAUGACAUCUCCCGCAUGUCAGUCAUCUCACUGCAGCUUAAGGGCAUCCGUGGGGAGGUUUCAAUGUAUCACGUAAUGAUCCUCGCUGUUAUUUUCGCAGUGUUUAUCACAGAUAUCUCUGGGGUGCGUCUCCUUUCGAAGAGGAAGCACGGGGUCGUGUCCAAGAAGUCGUCUGUUAGUGUUAUUCUAUUUGGUUCCCUCUAUUUGGCCCUUGCCAUUGCAGGAACUGUUCUCAUUCACCUCAAUGUCCUAUUUGACAUUAGGGGUCUCAAAAUUGCUCUAUUUGUCAUGCAGCUUGUUGCCGAGCCGUUUCGAAUAGGCUUUCUUCUCGUCCUAGCACUGGGGAGUCUCAUGAAGUGCACGAAGUAUCUUCUUGUCCAGACCGCAGAUGCGCAAUAG